UGCAAAUGUUGCGGCCAAUUGAAAAAAUGAACUCGAAUUUUCUAAUUAUAUUCGCGUAUGUGUGGUACAUUGUUGUAAGUGCUAAUGCAUCGGACAUAUCCUAUAGUCAGGAUACAUAUGCAGACGCCUUGCAAAACUCACAUAAAAUAGACUUCGAUGCGACUGGAGGAGGAUAUGAUUACAAUCCACCAAAAGACAUAAACUACCUACCACCAGCCACCUCACCACCGGUUCCUGUAUACGGCCCACCACCAGAUGUCAGCGGAGGAGGCUAUGAUUACAUUCCACCUAAAGACAAUAGCUAUUUGCCACCAGCUCCACCACCACCUGUUUACGGCCCUCCACCAUUGUAUAAUUAUCCACAGGCACCUUUUUAUAAGCCAGCACAUCCUAUACCGUAUCAUUCACAUGAUUCGUUUUUGGCCAAGCUAAAAUCGAAAAUUAGUCUCUUUACGCUUGGGAAAUUAGUUUUAAAACUUUUGAUAUUUAAAAAAAUAGUGAAAUUCAUCGGAAUAAUUUUUUUGCUACUAGUAUUACCAAAGCUAAAGAACUUAUUUCACGAUAAUAUGAGUGGUGAAGAUGAUGAAAUGAACAGCAAGCAUGUGGAGACUGAUAAGGAAAAAUUGGAAAAACAAAUAAAUGAUGUUUAUGAGUUUAUAACUAGCUCGAUACAAGAUUUUGAAGAAAAAUAUACGUAAAGCGAUGAACCUGUUU